AUGCCGUUCCUGAGCCCCUUGGGAGGCGACGACGCUGACGACUUCUACUUCGGCUACGACGCCGGGUACCACCGCAGCGGAGGCGCCGGAAAGAGCUCCAAGAAGGAGAAGGGCUUCCUCUCCUGCCUCCCCUGCUUCAUCCCCUGCUCGCCCGGCGCCGUGGACCCGUCGGCGCACCGCCGCCUCCUGUCGUCGGACUCCAGCGACAGCGACAACGCGGCCGCCAUGGAUAUCACCGCCGACCUCGCCCGCCUCCGCGCGCGCUACUCCCGCCUGGCCGGCGGCCCGCCCGUCCGCCCCCGCGACGUCCCCAGCCUGGUGGCGCGCCCCGACGACCCGCCGCUGGCCGUGGCGGCUCUCUCCUGGCUCGGCGACGAUCUCCGCCCGUCCUGCAUGCUCCUGGCCCUUCUCCCGGCGCUGUUCCCGUCCCUCCCCGCCCACGCCCGCCACGCGCUCUCCGCCGCGGCCCGCCGCCUCCACGCGCGCGAGGCCGCGCUAGACGGCGAGGUGGCCGAGUACCAGUCCACCUACGCCAUGAAGCUGGCGUGCGAGAAGACCAAGGACGGCGUCGCCGAGACGGCCGCCGAGGAGAUGUGCAAAAUGGCGCGCGCCGCGCGCCGGGCCAACAAGCUGCGGUGGCGUGCCGUGGAGGCCGCCGUCAAGGAGGUGCUCUCACCGGUGCAGGCCAAGGAGUUCCUCAAGGCCGUCGAGGACGUGGCGGGCAAGGUGGCGCGGCACGGCACGCGGUGGCACGCGCGCGCUGGGCCGCUCUCCGUGCCCGUCGAGGCCUUCGAGCGCAUGCGCGCCAACGCCAGAGCAGCUACGGAUGAUGCCUGGUGAGCUCUGAUGAUGGUCGCUUCUCCUUGGUAAACAUGAGCCAUCUUCUUCUUCAGAAGUCACAUUGUUCUGAUCAUGGAUUUUAGAACCAAAAUGCUUUCGCCUUACAGCGAUUCGGUUUGCUUCAGAUAGUACGAUCAGAUGCACUUUGGUACCCUUUUUUCUUGUGCGUUUGGUCGUUAGAAGAUUCUGACAUUCCUCUGCUUGCAAAAAAAAAAAAAAAAUGUCUAGCGGGGUACAAUCAAAUGGACUGUGUGAAUAUCAAUCAUACGGAAUGCCCAAAUCCUUUUUCAUAGAGUACGUGUUGAAAUAGUAAUGCCAGUUUGUCGGGAAAAAAGAAAGAAAGAAAUGGUAAUGCAGAGCUGAUACUGAAACGUUGGUUGCUUGGCUUAUUUUCAGUCAUUAGU